AUGUUUAUCAGACAAUCAUCGAGGCUUCCUAGCCAAUUGGCUAGGCAAGCGGCUUCCCGUCAGUUCUCCACGCGAGCUGCGCUUCGGCAAGAGAUUCGGGACGCAUACAUUAUUAGUGCCUCGAGAACACCGACAGCAAAGGCAAAAACAAACGGUUCAUUCAAUGGCUCAUUCACGAGUGUAACUGCGCCGCAGCUGGGCGCCGUCGCCAUCAAGUCCGCAAUCGAAAAGUCCAAAGUCCCCGUCGACAAGAUCACCGACGUGUACAUGGGUAAUGUCCUACAAGGAUCCGUUGGGCAGGCGCCGGCUCGCCAGGCUCUGAUCUUUGCCGGUCUCCCGUCUAGUGUGGAAGCGAUCACCAUCAACAAGGUCUGCGCAUCCGGCAUGAAAGCCGUUGUUUUUGCCGCACAAAACAUCCAGCUCGGUCUGUCGGAGGCGCAGGUUGCUGGUGGCAUGGAGAACAUGACGAGGGUGCCUUAUUACGUGCCCCGCGCUUCUAGCCUGCCGCCAUUCGGGCAUGUCCAGAUGGAGGACGGCCUGAUCAAGGACGGGUUGACUGACGUCUACGACAAAUUCCACAUGGGCAACUGCGCCGAGAACACGGCUAAGAAGUACGAGAUUUCUCGCGAGAUGCAAGACGAGUACGCUAUCGAGUCCUACAAGCGCGCUCAGGCUGCGUGGAAAGCCAACGCCUUUGCCGAGGAGAUCGCUCCUGUUACUGUUCGCGGAAGGAAGGGCGACACAGUUAUUGAGUCUGAUGAGGGAUACCUCGACGUCAAGUUCGACAGGGUGCCUACCCUGAAACCGGCCUUUGUGCGCGACGGCACCGGCACUGUCACUGCUGCCAACUCCUCCACGUUGAACGACGGUGCCAGUGCACUUGUUUUGGGCAGCAAGGAGAUUGCGCAAAAAUACGGUUCCGGUUCUCGAGUGCUGGCAAAGAUCUGCGGCUCGGCCGACGCCGCGGUUGAUCCUAUCGACUUCCCCAUCGCUCCAGCCAAGGCGGUACCCAUCGCACUUGAGAGAGCGGGUAUCACCAAAGACCAAGUCGCCGUAUGGGAGUUUAACGAAGCUUUUGCCGCUGUCAUUAAGGCAAACGAAAAGAUUCUCGGAUUGGAGGGUGCUCGGGUUAACCCUCUCGGCGGAGCGAUCUCCCUCGGCCACGCCCUGGGUAGCUCCGGAUCACGAAUUAUCGUCACUCUGCUGCACCAGCUGAAGCCUGGCGAGUAUGGUGUUGCAGCCAUCUGCAACGGAGGCGGCGCGGCCACGGCGAUCGUCGUGCAGCGUGUCGACUCCAUGUACGGCUCCACUCACCGAGCACGUACCCUUGUUCCCCGUACACCGAAGAAUCCACCUCUACUCACUUCACCUUGUCUGGCUCGAGCUCUCUCACCUUGGACUUCCACCUUCACCACAACCCGCAAGGAUUCCUCACCUCUUCUUUCACGAUUCGCGGCCUCGCCUCGCUCCCCGAAUGAGGCAUCAAUUUUGGCGCUUUUCAAUUCCAUGCUAACGAUGUCCCUGUUAAUUCAGUUCCUCAGCCAGAUCCGCACAUUCGUCCGUGCUCAAAACAUCGACGAGCUCCGGAAUUGGCUCCUCGUCGAGCCCAAUGCAAACCAACAAUAUCACGCCCUCGCCAAUGAGCUGCGGACGCAGUUCCGCUCAUCACGGCAUGGCUCCAACGGGACAAGCAGCACAGCGCUCGAGAGCACGAUAGAGAAAUGCCUCCCCGAAGAGGACGACGUGCCCGAGGGCCAGGGCUCACCGUGGCCCGGCUUUGUGACUUUUAUGAAGGACUACAUGGUCUUCUGGCGCGACGUCGACUAUGAUGACCUUUUGGGUGCGCACACGUUGCUCAGUGGGCUGGUAAACUCCUGUAGUACCGCCUUUGCCCACCCUACCUAUGGAGGUAUGCUACUAAAGACGGCAAUUUCCCUCUGCGAGUCCCUGUCGCGCCUGACAAUGAUGUUGUCAAAGCGUCCGGAUCUUACGCGCAACAUCCGUAACGUCGACGCCGACGACCGCAAGUCCAUUGCCGAAUCCUCGGCUGAGAUCAUUCAAAAGAUCUUCACCACUUGCCUUACGGACCGUUCUAGCGCGCGGUACAGCAAGCCGGAAGGCAAGAAGGUUGGCGUUUACAUGUUCGCCAACCUAGUGCUAAAGCUCCUCUUCGCCUGUCGGAGAACGCAUCUUGCGAAACAAAUAUUCACAAAUAUCUCCACAAACUCGCCGCCAUUAUCGUUCUAUCCGGCAUCACAGCGCGUCAACUUCCUCUACUACCUAGGCCGCUUCAACCUCGCAAACUGUCACUUCCUCCGCGCGGCGCUCUGUCUCGAAGAGGCCUACCUUCAGAUCCCACCACCCCUCACAUCUCAUCGCGCCCUGGUCCUCAGCUACCUCGUCCCUUGCAAUUUCUUGCUGGGCCGUCUACCCUCCCAGCUCCUGCUCUCUCGCCCUGAGGCAUCAGCCCUCGUACCAGUCUACCAACCACUGAUUCAAGCGAUCCGCAAGGGAGACUUUGUCCUCUUCCAACAGACGCUGGCACAGCACGAGAAAUAUCUCUUUGAUAAGGGCCUCCUCCUUGUCCUCACUCAUCGCCUCAGACCUCUACUCUGGCGCUCCCUCUCCCGCAGAACAUUCCUCCUCACCUACGCUCCGGGCCAAGACGACGCAAACCCCUCCAACACAAACCGACGCGCCGCAACAAUGGACCUUGCGGACCUCCACGCGACGUCCCAGUACCUCCAACACCGCCUCGAAGGCUACAUCCCCUCCAAGUCGCCCUCCUCCUUCGCACCGUCGACAGCGUCCCCCGCUUUCCUCAAAGCAGUAAGCCACGACGCGGCCUCGACGCUCGUCCCGCCGCCUGGCGGGCCCAAGAAGCUGCGCCCCAACGAGGGACUGGUCUGGGGUAACUCCCCCGUGGAGAUGGACGACGUGGAGAUGAACGUCUCGGUGCUGAUACAGCUCGGCUUCAUGCACGGCUUCAUUGCGCACUCGCAGGGGAGGUUCGCCGUCAUGGGUGCCACGAAGAAGAGUCCCGUAUUGGCUGGGUGGCCGACGCCGUGGACGGCUAUUCGGGAGAGGCAGUACGAGGAGGAUCUGGAUUUGAAUUUUGUGCCUGGGUGGGUGAAGGGUUGA